GUGACGCUGUUGCUGCCUGUCAAUCAAACAAUUAGCGGGAAUAGUCGUUUUACGAGCUUGAUUUUUAACUGCUUGUACUGUAUAUUUUGCUAAAAUACAAGUUUAUCUCUGCCUUCUUUUUACAUUGUGUUUUCUCACCAAAGCAAUGGCGUGCGUACAACAAGUGAGAACUUCACAGGAUACUCAGCUGUUGCCGAAUCAGGUUCUCACAGAGCAGCAGUCCUUGGUUGUUAUAAAGAAGCUUCUGGCCAUCGCGGUCUCUGGCAUCACGUACCUCAGGGGUCUUUUUCCUGAGAAAGCUUACGGGAACAAAUAUGUUGAAGAUCAGAAAGUGAUGAUCCUUAGAGAGGAGCACAGUUGUCCUGGUGCCAGUCAGAUUGUUCAGUGGAUGCAGGGAUGCUUUGAGGCCAUCCAGAAGAAAUAUCUGCGGACAGUUAUCAUGUCUAUCUACACCGACCCAGAGAAUCCUCAGACAGUGACUGAGUUCUACCAGUUUAGGAUCCUGUACACUUCAUCUGGAGCACAGAUGGACUUUGAAAGCAACAACGACGAGGUGUCAACAAUGUCGUGUGGCAACACUAAGAAGGCCAGCAUCCUGUUGGUGAGGAAGCUCUACACGCUGAUGCAGAACCUGGGUCCUCUGCCUGACAGUGUCUGCCUCAACAUGAAACUGGCUUACUAUGACGACGUCACUCCUCAGGACUACCAGCCGCCAGGCUUCAAGGAGACUGACGGCGACAGUUUGAAGUUUGAGAAGGAGCCUGUCAAACUCACCAUGGGCGAGGUGGUCACCCCCUUCCACACCGUGAAGCUGGACAUGGCCACAGAGAGAUCGAGACUGGAGCAGGUGGAGGAGAGCGUUCAUGAGACGGAGAAGUGGGUUCUGAAAAUGGUGGAGGAGGACGUUCUGUCUCAGGUCGGCACACAAACAACUCACAAAAGUCACGUGAUUGAAGAUGUGGAGAAACCCGACAAGGAGAACACAGACUUGGGCAACACUGGUAAUUCAGAGAUCCAGAUGAGCUGUCAUGAGAGGAUCGAGAGUUGUGAGGAAGUCACAGAGAUGGACACUCUGGUGAAGAGGACCUCUGACAUGGAGGUCGGUUUGAAGAGGACCAGGAGUGGACGGAUCAUCAAAUCCACUACGGAGACAAACCUGACUGUGAACAACAAGAAGGCGACAGCUAUGAAGGACAAAAUGGUUUCUCAGUAUGAAAUCCCCAACAGCCAGGAAACGCCGUCCACCUCCGCGUCAAGGAAGAAACGCAAAUUCAGCGAGCCCAAAGAGCGCUACUGACCUUACACCCCACCGCUAACAAGGCAGCAUUUGCUGAACUGAUGCUUUUUUUUUAAAUUUUCAACUUUGCGUACAAGUUACAUCGUUCUGAAGGGAAUCCCCCAAAAUGUUUUGUAAAAUACAUUUAAAUAAAUGUGUCACUACAGUUGAACGGUCUGCAUCUCUGAAGUUGGAAUGCUACUUAAUAAAACAGUGUUUAAGUUGUCUUUACUGGUUAUGUUUGUUUUGCUGUUGUCAUUCUCAGUUACUUGAAUAAAAUGCAUCUAUCAACAGAAGGUGUCACAGUUUA